AUGGGCCUACAGACACGUCAGGCGAUGGCGCACGGCCUUGAUUCUAGGCCAACCGUUGAGGACUUCCGUGAGGAUAGCUCAUGGGUCCAGUUGGCUAAAACCCACUGGCUGGGAACGUCGAAGGUUCGCAAAGCCAAGCGUGAUGCCAUCAAGAAAGAUAUAUGGGAUCCUCUAGAGGCUGAAGGCUUCAACAUUCGGUCUCUCUUGACGCUGGAGAAUUUGAACAUAUUGGAGAAGUUUCUUUGGCCGACGUACACAGAAGAUGCAUCUAAUUACCACGUGCUCCUGAUUGCUCUGAUUGUAAGCGUCAAGCAAAGAGAGCAUUUGCCGAUAUGGGAAACGUUCUCUGACCGGCCAGAUGACUUCUCGAGUCUUUUUCAUCGGAUUCUAUCCAUGAGCGUCGAUAACUCCUUUCCUACCUCUUCUCGUCAUUCGAUUUUAUCUUUCAUCAUUAGCGCCUUUCAAUCCUUGGAAAAUGUUCUUAUUCGGAAGGAGUGUGCCCCGCUGGUCUCAAUAUCGAUUUGGCAUAACCUCACGAGCGAAGAAACAAGGGAUCAAAUUCUUGCAAAGGGUCCAGCCCUGAAAAAAGCAUGGAGGGCAGCUGGAAAGCGAUAUGAGGCCGGAGAUGAAGCAGCAAAGGCGAAGAUGCGAUUCGAACGGUCAUGGCUGUACACAAUGCUUCUGGACUUCCUGCGACGGUUGAAUGGGUCCGAACAGGAAUUGUCUUCCAACCUAUACUAUUGUGAACGGUUCCUAGAAUUUCUGGUCGAUCUGGAAAGCCAGCUUCCCACGCGUCGCUACGUCAACACGAUGUUGAAGGAUCUGAACUUGCUCCCUAUCAUACGCCUCUCACAGAUGUACCUCUCGUCAGAAAAUGCGCUCUUUCGCGACUUCUUCAAUCUUCUGAGGCACUUCUCAGAGUUUGCAAUUGAUGACUACACAGGAUCUUCUCAGAGUCCUCAGGAAGUCUAUGAAGCUCAUUGCCGAGAGUUAGCACAUCUGCAGAGGGUAUCAAUGAAGCACUUCAAGGAUAAGCUUAUGAUCCUUGCCCUGUCAAACUAUGGCUCAAUCGAGCAACGUUCGGAACUGGAAGGUCAGUUGAGCGCUCUGGAUGAUUCCGAAUUAGAGUCUCUCUGUAUGCACUUGGGAUUCAGAACAAAUUACCCGAAACAAUCUCAGAUCACGCCCAGUCGACAUCUAUAUCUGGAGACACUCUUAUCAUUCUAUGAGCGAAGGGCGCCAUUUCAGGAGGCUGCGUCUGGACUUGGUAUCAUGCCCACCGAAAAGGAUCUUUAUGAUCCUUCCUUGUUGCGAAAUGAAACAUACGACGGAUCGCGACCACUUGCCAUUCCAAAGUUAAAUCUCCAGUAUUUGAGCCUCGGCGACUUCCUUUGGCGCUCCUUUCUUCUAUAUCGGUCUGAAGCUUUCUUCCAGAUUCGCAAAGAUAUGGAAGCGGUUGUUAAGCGGAUGCAGCCCCGGUCAAGCCGAGAUGGCAAGACAUUGACGUUCGACGGAUUUUCUCGAAUGGCAAUUCCAAUCUCAAAACCAGCAAUCAUCGAAGUUGCGCCUCCCAAAGUUGGAUCCGCGAAUCCCGCCUAUGUCAGGGCUGAGAUUGCAAUUGAGGUGGGCAGAUUGGCGGACCACAUUCGGAAGGAAUGGGAAUCCCUGCGUCCAGAUGAUGUUGUCUUCCUUCUUGCCGUUCAACCUGGCGUGACGAACAAGUUCGGUUUUCAGGAUAGCCCGACAGAGACUCCAGGUCUGACCUACCUUCGGACCGCGGAGGUAGUCCAGGUACUUGAUGAACAGGGCCGCCCACUUCGUGAACCAGCCAAAGGACAUACGAAUGGAUAUCAGUCCCGACCUCGCGUUCGCAGAUUAUUGCUUAAUCUAGACCCUUCAUCCUUCAAAGCUGACAAAGAUCGCACUACCCACGGCAAGCAAGAUAUCUAUCCUUUGAUCAAUGUGAUUGCCAGAAGGAAAGGACGGGAGAAUAAUUUCAAAUCGAUACUACAAAAUAUGCAGAGACUCAUUGUUUCUGACGUCGCCCUUCCCGCUUGGAUCCAAGAUAUCUUCCUGGGAUAUGGAGAUCCUGCUGGAGCCAGAUACACUGAGUUAGCAAACCGGCUAAAAUCAGUCGAUUUUCGGGAUACUUUCUUGAAUUGGGAACACCUUGUGGAAAGCUUCCCUGGAACUACCAUUGAGUCAUCGAAUGCUGAAGCUUCAAGCCUUGUGCCUCCUUAUGUACUUGAAUAUAUCGAACAGUCUCCCAAGGCACCUCCAGCGACACCCUCAAAGAAGCGCCGAAGAGAUCAAGUUGGAAAGGAGCGGAAGACGGCAGAGGUCAUUCGUGUGUCCACAUACAAGCAGCCGAACCCAGGCCCUUAUCCUAUCGAUACUCCCAAGCUCAACUCCGUACGCUUCACUCCAGCUCAGGUGGGAGCUAUCGCAUCUGGGACUCAACCCGGACUCACUGUGAUUGUUGGCCCUCCUGGAACGGGCAAAACGGACGUCGCAACUCAGAUCAUCAACAAUAUCUAUCAUGACUUUCCAAAUGAGCGUACGCUUCUAAUCGCGCACAGUAACCAGGCGCUAAAUCAAUUGUUCCAGAAGAUUGUUGCUUUGGAUAUUGAUGAGCGCCAUCUUCUCCGUCUAGGUCAUGGUGAAGAAGAGCUGGAAACAGACACCAGUUACAGCAAGUAUGGCCGGGUCGAGUCAUUUCUUGACAACCGCAAUUACUUCCUCGGGGAAGUUACAAGGUUAGCGGCAUCGAUUGGCGCGGAAGGAGCACACGGUAACUCGUGUGAGACAGCCGGAUAUUUCAACACAGUUUACAUCCAGCCUGCAUGGGCGAAAUUCUGGGAUCAUGCUCGUGCCGAAGAUACCUCGACUGAGAGUCUCGUUGCCUCUUUCCCAUUCCACGCUUAUUUUUCGAAUGCACCACAACCUGUUUUGAAUCCAGCCGCCUCGAAGGAAACAUUAUCGGAUGUGGCGGAGGGCUGUCAGCGGCAUAUCAACAAAAUUUUCUCUGAAUUGGAAGAUAUCCGCCCUUUUGAGAUCCUGAGGCAGCCUCGUGAUAAGGCAAAUUACCUCCUGGUGAAAGAAGCGAGGAUUAUUGCCAUGACUUCUACACAUGCUGCCAUGCGUCGUCAGGAAAUUGCUGAUUUAGGCUUCCAUUACGAUAAUGUCAUAAUGGAAGAAGCUGCUCAAAUCACAGAGAUUGAGAGUUUCAUACCAUCUGCCUUACAGAACUUAAAGAAUGGCGAGCUUCCUCUGAAACGUAUGGUUCUCUGUGGUGAUCACCUCCAGAACUCUCCUGUCAUCCAGAACCUUGCUUUCCGGCAGUACGCACACUUCGAGCAGAGUCUGUUCCUCCGUCUGGUACGGCUUGGCGUCCCUGUGAUCACUUUGGAUCAGCAGGGUCGUGCACGUCCUAGUAUCGCAGAACUCUUUCGCUGGCGUUAUCAGCAGCUUGGAGAUUUGCCUGUUGUGCGGACAGCUCAGGAAUACAGGCAGGCCAACGCUGGAUUCCAGUAUGACUACCAAUUCAUUAAUGUCCCGGAUUAUCAAGGCACAGGAGAAAGAGAGCCCACUCCCCAUUUCAUUCAAAAUCUGGGAGAGGCCGAAUACGCUGUUGCCAUCUAUCAAUACAUGCGACUUCUCGGGUAUCCAGCAUCGAAAAUCUCCAUUCUUGCUACGUACGCAGGUCAAACAGCCCUGAUUAAAGACGUACUUGCCCAUCGCUGUGCUAAGAACGCCCUGUUUGGCAUGCCGAAGAUUGUGACAACUGUGGAUAAGUACCAGGGUGAACAGAAUGAUUACGUGAUUCUUUCCCUCACAAGAACCCGCGCGGUAGGCUAUCUGCGUGAUGUUCGCCGCCUCACAGUUGCCCUCUCUCGUGCCCGUCUGGGUCUCUAUAUCCUUGGUCGUCGCGAGGUAUUCGAGUCAUGCUAUGAGCUCAAGCCGGCAUUCGAUCUUCUUCUACAGCGUCCAGACAAGCUCACGCUGGCUACGGGUGAGAUGUUCCCGGCCAAGCGAUUACUGGACGACGAUGUGCAAGGCACACCGAUGGAGGGAGUCGAACAUCUUGGGCAAUAUGUGUUUGAAAUGACUCAGGCCAAGGUCAAGGCCAUGGGCGGCGAUCAAGAUAUUGUGGUCGAUGAUACAAUUAUGCCUGAUGGUGAUGACGGGCUUUUGGACGAGGAUGAAAUCAUGCUCGGGGCUGGCGAUGAGCCAGAAGAGGAUCCGCUUCAUGAUCAUACUUCGUAA